AUGUAUCAGACAGAUCCCAGUGCAUCAGGCAGCGAGAGUGAGCAAAAUGAUUCUGACAAUAACUUAGCAGAAAACAGCAGUGAACAACCUUCUGCUUCCAUUAGUCCUAUGCUCAGUGACAGACUAGCUCAGUGGACUAAUCAGUUUACUAAUCAGGAGAGAAAAUGGACACCCAGAGCUUCCCAAAACAGCAAGAACAUUGCUUGCUACUUGCGACCGGGGCUUGCAAAGGAGUACGAUUCAUAUGCCAGUGAAUUGCUGACCUUCUUUGUGGAGCAAGAGAGAGCUCUGUACGGCAAACAAGGUUGUUCGAACUACUACGGGUCAAAUUUUUUAAAGGCAUUUCGUAUAUACGGAGAGCAAGAUGAGAACAACAACUCUGCUUCAGAUGAGAUAAGUGAUGUGAUGUGUGAUGGAGAUGAUGAGGAUGAGGAUGGUGUCGAGGUGGACUUUGUAGCGGUCACAGCUGUUUUAGAUGAGGAUGAUGGCUUACAAUUCCAACUUCCAAAGCAUCAUCGUUGUGCCUGCCACAUAUUAAACUUGGUUUCCAAGGUGGAUGCAGCCAAAGCCUGUUCAAAUGAAGCCUACAAGAAGCUGUGCAGGUCAGCAUUUGCAAAGUGCCAUGCAGUAUGGAAUAAGUGUGGCAGAUCUGCGGCUGCAGCAGAGAUUAUAGAAGACGUGUGCAAAAUUCAGCUGAUCCGCCCCAACACAACACAACAAGGUGGAAUUCCUUAUUUCUCACCGUUGAGAGACUGCUUUGAAUCAUUAAAGAUCAGGGAGAUGGGGCUAUCAGAACUGUCUGUGCUUCACUCAAGUUGCCAGUGUUGAGUCCAGUUGAAAUCGCCUUUCUGGAAGAGUAUGCCAGAACCAUGAGCCCCUAGCCAAAGCCCUCAACCUUCUUCAGGCUGAAAUCGAUGUUCAGAUGGGAUGGCUUCUGCCUACUUUGACACUCCUCAUCUCGAAACUGGACCGAAUUCGCAUUACCUCCAGG